UAACCAAUUUGGAAUUUAUACAAUGGAUGGAAUUAGGGAAUACAAAAUGAACCACCAGAAGCGGGGCUAUGCUUUAACGUUCAUCCAUUGUGAAUUUCAAAAUAAAAAAAUGGCACGACAAAGCGCGGAACAUGAUUUAAAUAAUGUUGAAAAGGCAUUCAUUAAAUAUAACUUUGAAGUCAUACAAUUUUGGGACUGCAAAGGCGAAGAAGUUAUCAAAAAUAUGGAAAAAUAUGCUAAGAUGGAUCACACUAACAACGAUUGCAUUGCAAUUAUCAUAUCAACCCAUGGAGAAAGAGGUGAUUAUCUUCACGCUUACGACAAAAAGUAUUACAUAGGUGCUUUGUUUCAAAUAUUUACUCCCGAUAAUUGUCCUACCUUGGCGGGUAAGCCAAAAUUAUUUUUUAUCCAGGCUUGUCGCGGAAGAAACUGCGAAAGCGGGGUUGCCAUUCACACGGAUUCAUAUGAGUCGAGUUCGUUUCUGAAUUUCCGCAUACCACUUCAUGCUGAUUUUCUAGUAGCACAUUCCACUGUUCCUGAUUGCACGGCCUAUCGCUCUAUUAGUGGAUCAGCGUUUUUACGGAUUUUAAGUGAGAGACUCCAGAAUAAUAAUAAUCAUAAAGACUUGGUGACAUUAUUGACAUUAGUAAAUCGGGAAAUAGCGCUUGAACUGAAUUGUAUAAAUAAGGAUACAAAUGCCGUGACCAAGCAAAUGCCUUGUUUUACCUCCACGUUGAUGCAUAUUUUACGUUUUAAUUAAUAAAAAGAAUAAUUUUAA